AUGCUCCCUUCUCACACCCAUUCGCCGCAUCUUCUCACUCUCACUCUUACACCAUGUAGAACACCCAUUUACAUAUGUGCAUUCACAGGCUGCAACAGGCUCUUCCCUAACCGAGACAGGCUCAUGUUUCACCGCAAGCGUGACCACGAGUCUGAGGAUACAAGUGCGAUAGUUACUUGGAACGAGUAA